AUGCCCUUUCACAACUGUUCGCCUUACCUGGGGCGCCAAACUGGGGCGUCCAGUGACAGGGGUAUGGAAGUCGGGACCUUCGCCUGCUGGCAACCGCGUCGGGGAGGCUUCUAUACCAGUGCGAAGAGCAGGGUCGCACACAGGCCACACUGUGGAGUCCAAGCUAUGGGCAAUGGAGCACGGAUACCUGAGGAUCAAGAUGACAACUUUAUGGCAAGGCAAUGCCGCUCAGCUGCGGCUGCUGUUGUUGCCUUUGGCAUGUUUGUGGCUCCCUACAUUGGAACCGAUGCAACUAUGUUUGAAGCAUCUGCAGCUUAUCUUGCUGGGGAGGAGCGCCGAACAGUGGAUCUCUUCAAGAAGAACACGCCGGCUGUUGUCAAUGUUACCAACCUAGGCAUGAGACAGGACGCUCUCACACUUGACAUCCUGGAGAUCCCACAAGGAGCAGGCUCAGGGUUCGUUUGGGACAAAGAUGGCCAUGUGGUCACAAACUACCAUGUCAUUCGAGAUGCAAUAGAUGUUCAGGUGACAUUGAGCAAUGGCAAACAGUACAUGGCCAGAGUGGUUGGCAUCGACAGGGAGAAAGACAUAACGGUCCUCAAACUAAAUGAUGCAGACUUGACUGGUGUAAAUCCAGUAACUGUGGGGAGCUCAGCAGACUUGGAAGUUGGGCAGAAGGUGUACGCCAUUGGCAACCCUUUUGGUCUCGAUCACACACUGACCACAGGUGUUAUAAGCGGCACAGGAAGAGAAAUUGGCUCAGGGGUAGCUGACAGGCCUUUGCAGGAUGUUAUUCAAACGGAUGCUGCAAUCAAUCCUGGAAACUCGGGGGGUCCACUACUGGACAGUAGGGGCAGCCUCAUUGGUGUGAACACCGCAAUCUACUCGCCAUCUGGUGCGAACAGCGGAGUGGGAUUUGCAAUCCCAGUGGAUGUUGUGAAAUCGAGCGUGGACCAGAUAAUCAAAUACGGGAAAGUCAUUCGACCCUUCCUUGGAAUAUCGUUUGCCACAGACCACUCCAUCGACCAGCUUGGCGUGCAAGGGAUCCUUGUUCUUAAGACCAGACAGGGAGGGCCUGCCGACAAGGCAGGGAUCCGAGGCACCUCACGGGAUGAUCUUGGUAGGCUGUCAUUAGGGGACAUCAUCAUUUCAAUGGACGGCUCUAAGGUCAGAACCGCAACAGAUUUGUAUCGGGUACUUGACAAAUGCUCUGUGGGGGACACGUUGGACGUUGAGGUGCUGAGGCAGGACUCUCAGGAGCACCUUAGCAUCGUCCUAGAGGGUGACUGA